AUGAAUAUUGAAAUGGAUGGUUCUUUUAAUUUUUACCUUUUGGAUUUUAAUAAUAAGGAAGAUUUUGAAUAUCAUGAUAAUGAAGCAGAUUUUGAAUAUCAUGAUAAUGAAACAGAUUUUGAAUAUCAUGACAAUGAUAAGGAUGAAGACCUUGACCCAAAUAGAGUCCUUGAAGAGGAAAAUGAAGAGGAAGAGGAAGAUGCGUUGAUAACUUUACCUUCACGUACUAAGAGAAUAUCUAAA